AUGCCCGAAUCCUCCUCCAAACCGUCGACUGUUCUACGGAAGAGCGCAUUCUCCUGCGAGGCUUGUCGCAAGCGCAAGGUAAAAUGUAAUGGUGCCAGUCCAACAUGUUCCCGAUGCGCUGCUCGGGGGGAUGUCUGCGUCUACAGCCUAGCGCCGACUUUAUCGUAUACCAAGACCCUGGAGACCCGGAUUGCUGAGUUGGAGGAAAAAUUGGCAAAGACACAAGAAGAGCGAGCAAGCGACAGCGACAAGACAUCAAAGCCUAGUCCCCGUGGAUCUCCGGCCGAAUAUUCAAGCAGCACUGAACAGACUCCAGAACAAGACGAGGGAGCCUUGGCGUUAGAGCUCUCCAGCGAAUUUGAAGGACUGACGAUAGAGCAAGACGGGCGCGUCUCGUUCCAUGGACCAACCAGUCUUUUCCAUCUGCUGCCCAGCGACACAGUCAACGAGACAGCGUCAUCAUCACAUCUUACUUCAGAACUCGAGGCUCGGAAGGAGCGGCUCAUGAAUAAUGCCUGGCACGAGCGAGCAAUCGAACAACUCUCUGGGAUCCCAGAGCCAUUUCAGUAUCUGCUUGACUUUCAUUGGUGCUGGAUUCAACCUCUUUUCAACUUCGUCUACCGACCUGCUUUUACUCGUGACAUGAAAGCGUCAGGUCCUUACUAUUCAGAUAUUCUACUAAACGCGCUUUUAUCGCACUCAGUGCGCUGGUGUAUGCGAGACACUAAAGUCCAACCUUUGCUUGAAUCGUUCGACGGCGGCGCAAAGUUCUUUCAAGCCGCUGUUACAGGUACCUUCGAAACUCUGAGGAGCGGCUAUCCAAAGAUUCCAACUGUACAAACUCUGCUCCUGUUAAGUGCACAAGAAUGUGGCCGAGGAAAUCGGGCUCAAGCCUGGCUUUACAGUGGCAUGGCAUUUCGACUGGUGGAAGAUUUGGGUAUAUCGAUCGAUAGCCGGAAAUAUUCUCGGUCUGUUCCUUUCACUGACGAAGAUAUUGAAAUCCGCAAUCGACUGUUCUGGAGUUGUUAUUUCUGGGACAAACUCAUAUGUUUGUAUUUCGGUCGAUCGCCUGCCAUUCAAAACUCCCGAGUGAGCCCGCCACGAGUGUUACUUGACGAUACUGCGGAGAGCGAAAUUUGGUAUCCGCAUGGAGUCACAUUUCCUCAGGGCGCUCAGUAUCCACCAAUGCCGGCCCAUUCGACGUCGUGUUUUGUAAAGAUGUGUGCAUUGUCAGAGAUACUUAACCAGAUUCUCAUUCAUAUCUACGAUCCUCUUCGACAAACAACGGAGAUUGAAGUCAGAAAUUGCAUCGCACAGCAGGAAAGGCAUCUAAGUCAGUGGUGGGAUGAAUUGCCCGACUUUCUGCGGUUGGUCGCAAAUGAACUUCCCCCUUAUAGCCCGCCAAGUCAUAUUGUGACAUUGAAUUGUUUAUACCACACUGUAAAUAUUCUUUUACAUCGCCCGAUUUUAUGCGGCAAAUUGGCUACAAACGGUACCCGUCCGGACAUGAAUCACCUUGUGCAAUGUAUGUGUUCAGCCACAAGCAUCUGCGCUUUGUUUGAUUUGUAUCGACGCACUUUUGGAGACAGCCAUGUUGUUCUUUCUCUAGCAUACAGCUUGUAUACCGCAGUGUCGAUCUUUUUGCUGGAGAUCAAAGCACUCAAGUAUGCUGCUGCAGGUACUGUAGAAAAGGUCAAAUUUUGCGUUUUUGCCCUAGAGAGAGUAAAGAGAGCAAACCACGUAAUUACGACUGGCCUUACUCUAAUCUACCAAGAACUCCAGAAGCUGCAGGUAGACAUACCGAUUCCAAUACCUCCAAGCCAGAAUCUAUCCCCAUCACAUAUCCACUCCCAAAAUCAGUCACCCCCAUCCCAGGAUCCCUCCAGUCGUAAUGUAUCGCCUCAUCAACAACCUUCCAUUUCGACGCCUAGUCCCAUCGUGGCGGCUACUAUGGCCCCAUCUACUACUUCAACCACAACGCCACCUCUGCUACACUAUCAACAGUUCCAACAUCAACUACCCAUAUACGACCCAGGUUCUCAAAUCGCUUUCAUGCCUGACCUUGCUACACCGCGACAGCCCACGGGCCCAAUGCCACCCGGGGUGGUGUUGAACCAAGAUGGUUCUUCAAUGAGAUACGAACUCCACUCUGAUGUCUACGAUGCAUUCUCAUACGUUGAGCCCAUGAACGCCAAUAUGGCACCAGCGCCAUAUGAUUCGACUACCUGGACGACAGGUACAAACGCGAGCGUCCCUUGA